AUGAUAGCUCCGUUAGAAGAAUUUUUACGUUAUAGAAUUCGUUAUAUAUUUUUUAACGAAAAAAGACAAGGUAAAAAAUGGGAAAGUGAUUUAGGUAUGGAUGUUAUUUCAACAGAAAUAAUGAAAGGAAUGAAGGAAAUUUCUGAUGUUACAGGUUUUAAGAAAUUUGAAGAAAUUAAUUUAAAUGAUUUUAUUGUUGUAAAAAAUAGCCAAGGCUAUUUGAGUGUCAAGUUUAUUUAUAUACAUGAUGAGGGGACUAAAAAAUCAGAAAAAAUAUUUACAAAAGAGCAAAUUAAAAAAAGUUUAAAAUUAAAUAAACUUGUAAAUAAUGAAGCAUUUAAAUUUUACAAGUUGAUAUUAAAAGAAAAGGAAAGUUUUAUUGAGACAAAGAAAAGAGUAAUUAAGGGUUAUGGCAAACUAUUUUGGUUAAAAUUAUUUAUGCAAAUGUUUGCUAAAUUGCAUAAGGACAGAAAUAAAGAAAAAUCAUUGAUAUCGAGUUAUUUAAUUCCGAGAACUUGUUUAUAUGCUUUGUCAGGUAAUUUGAAGAAAUUCGAAAUAAGAAAUGAUGAUGAUGAUUUUCUUUUCAAAACAUGGCAAGAAUUUGUGAAAGGAGAAAAGAAAACUAAAACAAAAAGUUUUAAAAAUUUUGACGAAUUAUUGGGCAAUAUGUUUGAUUAUGAUUGGUUAAAUAAUUGUAGUAUGGGAAAUGAGGAGAAACAUGGAAAUAAUUUAGAUAUGAUUGAUCAAGAAGAUGGUGUGAAUGAUAAAGAAAAUGAAGAGAUAAAUGAAGAUUAUUUAAUAAAAGAUGAAGUAAAUAAGGAUAACAGUAUGAUUGGUAAAGAAAAUGACGGGAAGGACAAAGACAAUGACAAGAAUGAUAAAGUGGAUGACGAAAAAGAUAAAAAGGAUGAAGAUAAAGUUACUAAAUGCGUAAAUAAGAUAAAAGAAAGAUUAAAAAAAGAAAAAGAGAAUUGUAAGUCGCCGACGGAGGGACCUGAUGGGGAAGGGGAGUUCAAAUCACUCCCAUUCAUGAACGUGUUACAACCAUAA